AUGCUCAGCUCUCCUGUAUCCGAGAGGUUAGCGCCAUAUUUGCCCCUUGAGGACAUACCUCAAUCAAGCUUCCAUAUCAUUGAAAAAUGGCCUGGUGAAGAAUCCAAUGCCAAAACCCUUCCAGCCCCCGAUAGCGAGACUCCUUGGGCUUGGGGACAGCACCCGUCACCUUAUGAACGGAAAGAAACAUUUCCGACACAGCGAUUUCGGCGGACUCGAAAUCCAAACAUGACCAAUAGUUCUUCUAAUCCAGCGCUCAGCAUCGACUUCCCCGUCCCCAGUGCUAUCCAAAAUACAGUUCAGUCAAGAUACAGAAAUGACAUAGAAUCUGGAUCUGAAGAAUUCACUCACGUUCGGUAUACUGCCGCCACUUGCGACCCUAACGAGUUCACUCUUAAGAACGGUUACCAUCUUCGACCAGCCAUGUACAACCGUCACACCGAGCUUGUUAUUGCCAUUACUUAUUUCAACGAGGACAAGUCCAUGCUAAGCAGGACAUUGCAUAGUGUGAUGCAGAACGCCCGCGAUAUUACUAAUCUCAAACGCACCGAAUUUUGGAAUAAAGGUGGUCCAGCCUGGCAGAAAAUUGUCGUCUGCCUUCUGUUUGAUGGCAUUGAUCAUUGUGAUCAGGACGCACUGAAUAUACUGGCUACAGUUGGGUUGUUUCAGCAUAGUGUUAUGAAAAAGGACGUAGAUAGCCAGCCGACGGUGGCUCACAUUUUUGAGUACACGACACAGCUCUCUGUCACAGCAGAGCAAAAUCUUGUUCAGCCUCAUGACGAUGGGCCCACGACUUUACCGCCAGUUCAGAUGCUACUUUGUCUUAAAACACGCAAUUCCAAAAAGCUCAACUCUCAUCGAUGGCUGUUCAAUGCGUUCGGUCGGAUACUAAAUCCAGAGGUCAUUGUCACUAUUGACGUUGGGACUCGACCUGCCCCAAAGUCAAUCUUGGCACUUUGGGAAGCCUUUUAUAACGAUGGAACCCUAGGGGGAGCAGCCGGGGAGGUUCAAGCUUUGUUAGGACGAAGGAUGCGUAAUUUGUUGAAUCCUAUUGUUGCGGCUCAAAACUUCGAAUAUAAGAUAGGUAGUAUGCUUGAUAAGCCUCUCGAGUCUGUCUUCGGUUAUCUUACCGUUCUCCCUGGGGCUUUCUCCGCGUACCGAUUUCGUGCUAUUAUGGGGAGGCCCCUCGAGCGCUAUUUUCGCGGAGACCCGGUGCUAGCUGAUCAAUUGGGGGGAAAAGGUCUGAAUAGUAUGAAUAUCUUUACAAAGAACCUCUACACGGCUGAGGACCGAAUUUUGUGCUUCGAGCUUGUUACAAAAGCCGGCGCAAAUUGGCAUUUGGGCUACGUGAACGCCGCAAAGGCUGCGACAGAUACCCCCGAAAACAUGGCAGAUUUCAUAGCGCAGAGAAGGAGGUGGCUGAAUGGAACAUUCGCCUCGACUAUCUAUUCAUUGCUUCACUUUCCCAGAUGGUACAAAAGCACUCACUCAAUCACACGAAUGGGCCUGUUUCAUGUGCAACUCGUCUAUAAUCUGGUGAAUCUAAUACAAGCGUGGUUCGGACUCGCGGCCUUCCUGCUUACGACGUUCAUCAUCACGGACAUUACUGGCUCCCCACCAAGGACUCAGAGGUCGAAAGCAUUUCCAUUUGGAUCAGCUACACCAGUCAUCAAUGCAGUGAUACAGUGCUUAUACAUCGCGUUUGUUCUCUUUCAAUUCAUCCUAGCGCUUGGAAACAAAAUUCGGUCGGAACGAUUCAACUACAUUAUGUCAUUUGUUCUAUUCGCUUUCGUCCAAUUCUACUUUAUGGUCAAUACAUUAUAUCUUGUUAUUAGAAUAUUCAAGGAAAAUUCACGGCAGGACACUUCAAACAACGAGUACGCAUACAUUACCACCUUCUAUUCAUCCGUUGGUUCGCUAGUGGUGUGGAUCACGUGCGGCUCGGUAUUUGGUGUCUAUUACGCUGUCUCUAUUCUAUACUUGGAUCCCUGGCAUAUGUUCACAUCGUACCCACAGUAUCUCUUCUUGCUUUCAGCCUACACAAAUAUCAUUAACGUCUAUGCAUUCAGCAAUUGGCAUGACGUCGAUUGGGGCUCGAAGGGCAAAGAAAUCUCUUUGUCAGAGUCCUUACCCUCAGCUACAAAUGCAACGGUAACCACAGCCGAGCCAGAGGAUACUGACAGAAUCCAAGCGGAUGUUGACGGCGAGUUCGAGGCGGUAGUAAGAAAGGCGUUGAUCCCUUAUCGCGGGUCAGUCAAAAAACACACGCGUACACUAGACGAGUCGUACAAAAGCUUUCGCACAAAACUCGUGGCAGUGUAUAUUUUCUCGAAUUUCGCUCUCUGCCUGAUUGUAAUGAAUGAGUCUUUCGACAAACUCUCGUUUCUAGUCAGUCAUCGCCCCUCUUGCCAUAGUGCUGUCACUGUAUCAAGCUGA